AAACUUAACACACUCUGCACCAUUUCAAUUCUCUUCUCUUAUUUUUUUCCCUCAAUUCGAGAUUCAGUUAUGGCGGAAACCAUCAACGAAACCGCAACGGUUACGGCGGAAACCACCAAACAAACCACCGUGACUCUUCCGGUUCUUGAUCUCCGUCUUUUUUCACAACUCGAGCUCAACAAUAUCGCUGACAAAAACUCCACCGCUCGUAACCGUCGUUUCGAUGACGAUUCCGUUAUCCCUAAAAUUGACCGUUCCGUUUUUAAUGAGAGCGCCGGUAGCCGGAAACAGACGUAUUCUCGUCUUCGUCUCCGGAAACCGAACUCUUCUGCUCCGGUUCCUGCUCCCGUUGUUCCUGUUUCUUCCAGUUCUCGCAUUGCUGAUGAUGAAGAGAAUUCAAGGAUUAUCGAUCUUCUCCAGGGUUUAUUUGGUGUUGAAGCGCUUCGUGGCGGGAAUGAUGACCGUGCUGUUCCGCUUCAGAUUGAAUUCAGGCCUUUAUCCGUUCAGAACGGUUCAAUUGAUGGUGUGGAGUCCAGUCAGAGGAAGCGGAAGCGUGGGCGGCCUAGUAGGGAUGUGACUCCGGUCCCGGGGAGACUUUUAGCCAUCUGUGAGGCGAUGGAAACGGAUACUGAGAAAAAGGUGGAAGCGGAUAUGGAAGUGGUUACUGCUGAGGAGAAGAAUGAGUCUGUUUUGGAUGAUGCGGGGGAUCCGUUUAUGGAGGAGUUGAUAAAGAGGUCACAAGGGAUGAAUACUGAGGCGGAAUUGAAGGUGUUUUUGGAGAGUUUGGGUGGAGUUUGGGCGAGUGAUAGGAAGAAGAGGAGGAUUGUUGAUGCCAAUGCUGUUUGUGAUUUGUUGCCAACUGGAUGGAAGCUUGUGCUUAUUGUGCAGAGGAGAGGAAAGCAUAAUUCUGUGGUUUGUCGCCGUUACACAAGCCCUGAUGGACGCCAGUUUGACUCAUACAAGGAUGUUUCUUCAUACUUAGUUUCUUUGUCCGGUGUUCAAGACAUAGGCCAGUUACAAUCUUGUUAUACUGAUGGUAGUCAGCAGCUCUCCAGUAAUAUCAACGUGGCAUCUGCAAAUCAGAAUGUUGCUCACGUUCCUACAGGUGGCAUUAAGAUUGACGGCAAUGCAAGUUCUCAUCAUGAGAAGCAGGAAACCAUAUCAUCAUCAAUGGGAACUGGAAAUCUAAACAUUUCUGAUGGGAAUUUGAAUGGUGACCUGGCUAUGUAUUGUGAACAAAGCCAUAUUACUAGCGAAGCCUUUAGAGUCCCUGAGCAUUCAACUGAUGUUGGGCUACCACUGAAGGACACCAAGAAUGGUGCAAAUUCAGUUCCGGGAUGUUUUCUUUCGGAGGACAGAGUUUAUAAUCUGAAUGUUGGUCAAAUCCCUUCAGGUGGCACGAAGAUUGAUGCCCAUAGUUCUCAUCAGGUGAAGCAGGCCACCAUGUCGCCAUCAAUUGGAACUAGAAAGCUGAACGCUUCUAACAGGAAUAUCAGUAGUAACCUGAAUUUUGAUCGGAAAUUGGUGUUAGCUCUUAAGGCUAGUGAUACUGCACGAAAUCCAGGCAUUCUUUUGGAUUUCACAGCUCCUAUCUCCAAUAGUGGCCGUGGCAUUGAUCGCUGUUCUGAUGAAAGAAAUGCUGUGACAUGCAUAAAAGGCAGUGUUAGUAAUUUUGAUAGUCAGGAUAAAAGUACAGGAUACUGUGAAACUGUUCCCUAUGGAAAUGAGCAGGUACAUGUUGGUGACAAUGGGCUUGGGCCUUCCUCCACAUUAGUGGAAAACCACAUUCAGAAAAUAGGUUCUGAAAGCAGCAUGCUGGUUCCAAAUUCUGAAGAGAAAAUGUUUGCUGGUAGCAAUCUAGAGGAUAUACAUCUUCUUAGCUCUGUGGUGGGCAUGGAGCAAAAUGAUGGAAAGCUAGUUGAGAACGACAAUCAACAAAUUAUUUCUAGUAGAAAUCAGUCAGGAAUUGAAGAUAUUUCUACCAAUGGUGAACUUCAGUUUAGUUCUGAAGGCACUCUUGCCCCAUCCCAGAAUGAACAUCACCAUACAUCUAUACACAGUAUGGAUGUAGCACAAACUUCUGUGCUGAAGGACUCUGCUGAGGGACAUUUUUUCUAUAAUGAUUUAUCUAGUUCAUCCAUUGAUGAGAGAACAUGGGAUCCCAAUGGAUACAUUAAUAAUAUUUCUUUUGGUGCUUGGCCACAAGAUGCAUCUGUGUUUGGUGUAGUUGAUUUUACUACCGAUCUUUAUGCAGCUAACAAUUUUAAUCAUGUUCCUCCAACAGAUGAAGUUGCGAGAAGCUGUGUACAGAAAAGCAGUUCCAUGAAUGGCCAAAUUUUCACAGCAGACAAUCUGUUGCAUAGAAACUCUGAGAGUAAUUUAUUUACUGUUGCCGGGAAUCAGCACCCUGCUGCUUUUCAUGAUAAUAUGAAUAACAUAUCAGCUGGAACCUUCAGUGCACUCAAAUAUGUUGAUGCUGGUUGCAUGAAACCUCAGCUGGGAAUUGUUUCAUGCAGUAAUGUUAUUGCACCAGAUGCAUAUGCAUCUCCUACAGUCAUGCAGGGGAUAUCAGAAUCUGUUCCUCCUGGUGGAAGUAUAUUAAACCAGUUUGGCAAGCAAAAUGAUGAUGGUGUCAGUAAAGGAAACAAAUCUUGCUUAUCAGAGGUGGCUCAAAGUGAAGCUGAACUAUUCCAAACCGACUCCAUGGGUUUUCCUAAAUUUCGGUAGCAGCCAGAUAGAUUCAGAUGUAGUGACGGAUGCAGUGCAUGGAACAAUUUUUCAAAAUAAAACAUGUAUGGUAGUUUGCAGAGUCUGCUUGUAUAUUAUCAAUUUCCUGUUCAGGAUGAUAGCUUAGAAAAGACAGAUACUUGAAGGCGCAUUAUUUGUUGAUAAAUUCAGCUGAUCGUGCUGGUGGCUUCUUAAUUCCCGAGGUUACGUGCAGGUUCUGGUGUGAUGUUUCUCCUGCUUCUUGCCAGAGCUCAGACAGCUUUUUUUAUUUUACAAGUAAAAUUUUCCUUUAGGUCCAUUUUAGUUUAGAACAUUCUUUUUCAUUCUCUGCAAUGCCAAUACAUUGAAUUUUCGGUUGAUCCUUCAAAUGAAGAAGGAACUAGUUUUCCCCAAAUUUCAUAAUUUAAAAGUCAUACCUGGUGCUGAUUUUAGUAUUUGACGCGAAUAUGCCUGUUUGCACAAC